UUAAUAAAAGUGAACAAGGCAAUAACAUUUUCCUGUCUUUCUCUAAAUCAGGAAUAAUUAUACUACGCUAAGUUUUGAUGCACAUUAUAAUAUUGAUUUAGUCUGGUACAAAUUGACAAUAAAUGAUGGGGCAACAGGCAAGUGCGGUGUUUUCUGGGCUAGGUCGCUUCUUCGAGUACCCGGUGAAGCGAAAACCAAUUUGUUUCUACAGACAGGAGGACUUCACUGCCACGGGGGAGCCGAUAAAGAAGCCCACAACAAUCGACAAUACACCAAUGACCGAUUAUGAUAAACUUGUAGAGCUCUUCUACAAAAGACUUGCUGAGCAACGUCAGUUCAAUCAAGAGAUGAAGGAGCAAGACCGGCGUUGGAGCGUACAGAAGGUGGUCCAGCGUUUCCCGGGAUGGAACGAGGUCACCAUAGCCAACCUGCACAGCCUGUUUCUGCUUUUUGACAACCAAACUAAUGGAAUGCUUGGAUUUGAUGAUUUCUGUGCUGUGCUAGAAAGUUUGGGAGACGAGAGCUCGAUGGAACAACGCAAGGAGAAGUUUACAUCCGCGGACACAGACAACGACGGGUGGAUCACUUACGAUGAAUUUUUAUCGUUGGUGUACAACUUCACUCCGCAAGAGGAAGGUGCGCUAACCGGUCUUGCGCUUCUUUGUAAUGACGUCGCUGAAAAUAUUCAGUUCGUGAGUAACCUCACCGUCGGCGAGCAGCUGGAAUAUGGCCUCUUUUAGUUUAACGCCGGAUAUCCACUUUGAAACAUUUGUUGUGCACUACUGUGUAUCAGGAUCCUAUUUUUUGACAUUAUCCAGUGUACUUCGUGGAUAGGAUCAUUCAGAGUUUUCUUUUCUGAAAUAGAAUAAAAGUGGAACAGAAAAAAUGUUCCUACGCAGCGGAGAGACUGCCUCUGACUGAGUGAUGUACCUUUUAAUGGCUAACAAUUUAUUUAUUGCGUAUAAGCAAGUAUUUCACCACCAUCUCAUCUGACGUACUUAAUUGGGAUGUUAUUGCGAUUGGAAUAUGCUUGCCUAGAAGGUGCAUAUUAGCACCUAUGGUUUGGAGACCGUCAUAAGAACGCCCGAAACUCCGUUGCAUUCCAUGAUUAUUCGCUCAUUGUAUCGUCAAUUUUUGUAGUAGAUCAUCAGUGCAUCGUUCUAUGAAUCUAGCUGUCGGCCAAGGAACGAAAAAUCAAAAACAGUCAUCAAAAAUUCCUCCACUAUCUACUCGCUUCCCCGAGAGUCUACUCCGGAUAUUUUACCAAAGCACGGGUAAGCUUGUUGGCGGUAUAGCUUAGUCAAAAUAGGUAUUUGAUUACAAACAGCCCAAGGGCCUUAUAAUAGCGUCAUGAUGGCAAACCAACGGAAGUGAGCAACUCCGACCUCCACAGGUGUAUCUACUUUAAAUUAGUUUAGCUGAGAGUACAUCUUAUUGAUACCUACUGCUUGUCCCGAGGGACCUACUACGUUGCGUUUGCGUUUCAAACCUUCAAGCAUGUGGACAACAAAUGUAUAAUUGUAUACCUAGCUUUACUUUAACGUCGUUAUUUUAUUUGUAUAAGGGCUGAAUAUCGAAUUCCGUUUUGUUGUAAGUCAGAGAGUGGCUGUAGUAGGCCCGCUUUUAUAAAUGUAAUAAAGCAUAAAUGUCUUAUAAAAUACGGUUUUAUUUUUGUACU